AUGGUCAAGCUCAGCAAGAUCGUGUGUGGCGUUCUCGCAUGCAUGUUUGUUGAUCCAUGUCUUGCUGGAGACAAUGAAACAACAUAUGUGACUACCACCCCAAUCUUCACGGAAUGGGAUAAUGGAGCGUCCAACAUGACAGUUACCCUGGGUGUUAUCAAUGCGGACUAUGCUUGGAAAUUUGCCAAUGGCACGCUCGACAUCGACCUCGAGAAACGCACUGGUAUCACUAUCACGAAAAUCAAGACCACAGUCAAAGCAGGCACAAAGAUUAUUGCCACAGUGAAGGCGGGGAUUGAAAUUUAUGAGUUUCUGGCUGGGAUUAUCAAGUCCAAGUCAGAUGCGAACAGUUGUACCUUGACUUAUGGUACAGACAUAAGCGGGGACUUAUACUAUGGCUAUGCCUAUAAGGCGACAACCACAGGUAUCAAAUGCGAUACUACGGCGAUAAAGAAGACAAUCCUCUCGGCUGUGGAGAAGUGUGCUACUACCCUGCAUAAUAGUGGCACUACUAUAGGCUGCUGCGCGUUCAACCAUGGUGGCACCUGGCAUGGUCAUCUGCGACUGAGCGCUGAACCAAGCAUUUACCCUGUGCAUACUGUUGAUUGCUGA